AUGUCAUCCUGGUUCUCAGCAUCUAUCAUCUCCCAAUUCACCUGCCUGCCCCCACACGCAACUGAAACCGACUACUAUGGGCCCUUCAACAAACUCCUUCACUCGCUCUUCCCACCAGACAGUCGAUACUCCGUCGUACCGCGUCUGAUCCCAUCGAACACGUUUCAGACAAGCAGCGGUAUCCUUCCGCCUAGCUCGUUUGGUGCCAUAGGUGCAGGUGCCAGCUGCUGGUCGCCCGUGCAAUUCAUGUACGAGAUAAUGUACGAGGACAAACCCAUCCUCGUCGUGUACAUCAAAGGGCCCAACGACAUCCUGUACCCUUCAAUGCGCGAGGCAGUGGACAAGGUGAUGAGAAGUCGAAUGAGGGACAUACAAGAGCUCUACAGUCUUCCUUCAAUAGCAGGAGUCAUCUUCAUGGGGAGGAUGUACUGCUGCUAUGUGAAGCACGGCAAUACAGCAGUACGACCACCGCUAUCUAUGCCUUAUCAACCCAAUCUACAACAACUGGGACUUGCACCGACCCCGACUGGUCAGACAAUUGUGGACGAUAACCCCGAAGAUGUCGAUCUUGUUCCGCGGAGUAGAUGGGGGAGUGAUAUCAUGGACGACCACGGUGCAAGAAAAUUCCUCGUACUUGUGGAAGGCCUUAAAGCUGUCUGUGCAGCCAGAUCGGAGCCAGGAAUGCAGCGGAUGGAAAGUGUCAUGUAA